AAGCCGAACUGUCAUUUUACUUCAUAUUGAAUACCGAAAAAUGAGGUUGUAGAGUGGAAAUAACUUCAAAAUUUUGUCUAUGUAUGGUCUGAAUAUUUCGUAUGUAGUAGUGACAAAAGCUAACUCAGCGACAUGCCAAAAUUCUUCUUCAAAGUGAUUCCUUGUUCAUUGGAUGGCUGAGAAUUGUUGGCAUUUUUUUUCAUUUGGUGUCCAAGUUUAUGUUUAAUUCCAAAUUAUAUUUAGUAGAAUAUUUUUGUGCAUGAGCAUUUUCAUAUCUGGAGAUCCAAAAAAUGUCAACCAAAAAUGAAAAUGUGGUAGACGACUGGGAGGCCAUUGAUGAUUCUGAAUUAAAUACGAAAGUCAACCAAAUUAGGAAAAAUGCCACCAACAAUCCAACGAUAUCGAAUGCUGGACUUGAGUGCAGUCGACCAUUUUCUGCAAUGUUAUUGAACGAUGAAGAUUGCAUGCGUACACAGUACGUGCCACCGGAGCCAACAGUUAAAAUUCUCAAACGACCCACCAACGACAAAAAUAAUCAACAAUUAUUAGCUGAACAAAAGCCAAAGGCGCCAAUCAAAACGCUUCAACAACGUGAGCAGGAAUAUGCUGAAGCACGGCUUCGGAUAUUGGGCUCGGCCAAGAGCGAGGAAGAAGAAGAAACACCAACGCCGCAUGUAGAAAAAAAUGGAACGACCAAUCACAAUAAUGUAAAUGGUUUUUCAAAUAGGAAUCUGAUGAACCAAGCAAAUUCAGUAGGUAACUCGUCUAGAGCGUUUGUUCGUAACCCGCAGCCUCAGCAAUAUAACUCUUUUCAACCAUCACAUCAUCUACAGCAACAGCCUACAUUUCAAAUUUCACCAGAAAUGCGUAGAGUCGAUGAAAAUGUUAUUCGAUUACCUCGAGGACCCGAUGGUACCACUGGUUUUUUGCUCAAGCGGUAGCCCUCGUUACCGUGAACAUAUUUUACACAAUGGAAAAAUUAAACAGAACAAAAAUUAAAUAUACAUAUUUAAAACUAAUUCUUACUUUUAUUUCGAAGCAAAACGGAAUUGAUUUACUUUAGGUUCAGUUCAUUUUGGUAUACGCUCUUUUCAAUUUGUUCUUCCAAAAAUCAUUAUCUUUAAAUAGUAACAUUAGAAAUAUUUCCAGCUGCGAAUUAAGCCCGGCCAUUUCUCGAAAAGAAAUAAUGAAAGCAGUCAAAAUGUUGUAAAUAGUUAAAACCUAGAUAGAAAUAUCGCUCAUUUAAUGAAAAAAAGGAGUCUCGUCGAAAAUGGAGUAUAAUUUUCAGAAAAUUUAGCAUUUUUUACUGUUUGGUGUGCUAAUUUUACAUAUGAAUAAUGAUACUGUAAGACAAAUCGAUUUUCUCACCUUCUUUAAUUUCCAUUUUUUUUUCUCUCACUGAUUGCUGAAAGAAAUUUUCUGGGCAAAGAAAUUCAAAUUGUUGAGUUGUUGAGUUUUUGCAUUUUUUGUUGACACGAUUUAUUGUUUAUAUAAAUAAAAUGAUACAAAUGUC